UCCUCUUUUUGAAAAGAGAUACCUCAAAUGGACUUUCCUGGAAAGUUUUUCUUUCAAAACAAACAAAGUUACAGUUUCUACUCUUGUGUUUUCAUUAUCACGAGCUGUAUCAUACCUAACUUUCUCCAACAUUCAGAACAGAGCUUGAAAAACAUCUCUCCCCCUGUCUUUCUCUCUCUGCUGUAACUCACUUGACUGUUAACAAUGAAUGGUAAAAAGAAUUAUCACUCAUUUCCACUUACAUCAUCUUCAAUAUUCAUCAUUUCUCUCCAACACCUUUCCAUUGUUCAGUAGCAGAGAAGAAAAGGGAAAGUUAAAAUGGGUUCGUAUGGAAGGCUUUCGACUCGGGCACUCGAGACCGAUGUUCCUGUCAUGGUUAAGUUAGCAGAACUGAAUAGGAAUUCUAACGAUGCAAUGCCACUGGGUCAGGGGGCAGUUUAUUGGCAGCCACCUGAGCUGGCUCUUGAGAGGGUUAAACAUAUAGCAUGGGAGCCUUCAACUAGUCGAUAUGGCACUCACGAAGGUCUUCCAGAACUCAAAGAGGCAUUAUUAAAGAAGUUGUGCCAGGAGAAUAAGUUGAUCAAAUCUUCUGUCAUGGUCACAGCCGGUUCAAAUCAGGGAUUUCUGAAUCUUGUGCUUACGCUCUGUGAUGUUACGGAUUCUGUGGUACUGUUUGCUCCGUACUUCUUCAAUGCGUACAUGUCCUUCCAGAUGACAGGCAUCAAUAACAUACUGGUGGGUCCAAGUAAUCCCAUGACACUUCUGCCAGAUGCAGAUUGGUUAAAGAAGGUUAUGUCAGAAACUAAACCAGUUCCAAAGCUUGUUUCUAUUGUUAAUCCUGGAAAUCCAUCAGGAGUCUGCAUUCCAGAGUCUCUGCUCAAGAGAAUUUCGGAUAUCUGCAGAAGUUCUGGCUCUUGGCUUGUGGUAGAUAAUGCAUAUGAGUACUUCGUAUAUGAUGGUUUUAAGCAUUCUUGUGUGGAGGGGAAUCAUGUUAUUAAUCUCUUUUCAUUCUCAAAAGCAUAUGGUAUGAUGGGAUGGCGAGUUGGAUAUAUAGCUUACUCAUUAGAGGUUGAGGGUCUUCUAACUCAGCUUCUCAAGGUUCAAGAUAAUGUGGCAAUCUGCACUCCGAUGAUUUCACAGAAAGUGGCUCUCUACUGCUUAGAAGCCGGACGGGAGUGGGUCAAAAGCCAAGUCGAAAGCCUUGCUAAAAACAAAAAACUCCUUGUUGAGGCUCUUUCACCUCUUGGAGAAGAUACAGUGAAAGGUGGAGAAGGAGCAAUCUACCUAUGGGCAAAGCUUCCGAACAAAUACCCAAAUGAUUUCGAAGUUGUGUGUUGGUUUGCACGCAGACAUGGUGUGUUGCUACUUCCAGGAAGUGCAUGCGGUGCACCUGGGUGUGUCCGAAUCACAUAUGGAAUGCUGAGAGAGGCGGAUUGCGUAAUUGCUGCAGAUAGACUAAGAAGAGGGUUGGAAGAACUUAUCAGAGAUGGCAUGGUGGAGUAAUUGCUCUCACCGGUUUCACCAAAUUUCCAUGACUAUUGGGUGUUUGUUUCUUAUUGAGGUCAUGUCUCUCUUCGAUUAUUCUGCCCUGCUAGUAGACUGGACUUCAGAUGCCCCUUGCUCUCGGUUUCACCUCAACUCGGAGGCUUUUUGGUGCUUUGAAGCUUCUCUUCUGCAUGGGUUUCUUUGAAGAUCUUUCUCCUUCUUGUUUGUAUUCAUAGGAGUGUUGUUUUUAGGAGUCCCAAUGGUUGCUUCUGUUUUUGGGAUCAGUUAAUAUGCUCUGUUUUUUCCAUUUGCUUGAACUCCUCUUGUAGUUUGUUUCUUUGCUAAUGAAAGCCUGAUUACCGAAAAAAACAAACAAAAAAAAAAAAAAAUGGUGCAGACAUAAAUAGGUGAAAAUCUGUCUACUCUCUCUCUCUCUCUGUGUGCGCGCUUU